GGGCUGUGCGGACCAGGUGUACCUGGAGGAGUCGCCGAGUUGCCGCACUCCGCGGGAUCUGUGCUCUGUAAUUGUGGUGUCCGCGCUGGCCGGGCCCAGGAUGGUGUCUAUGCACUUAACACUAAAAGUUCUGUGAUGAAAAAUAUCUGGCACCAAUUCUGGCCCAGUCAUUUGUGAUCCAUGACUCUUAUGAUAUGCCGAAGAUUUCCAGGCAGUUUCUGUGGAACGCCUUCCUGUCCAGCUCUAAUCAAGCACCAUAUAAACAAGAAAUUGCCCGGUCAGACCUGUGAGGAUUGUAUUCUGACUGCCAAAACGAUCAGUAUUGACACCAGAAUGGCAGCCACUCUUAAGUUAUUAAAACUGUUAGGAAAUCGAGUAUUUUGCAGUCCUUUUGCCUACAGUGCAACCCAAAGUGUGGCAUAUUGGAAUGUGGGAAGCUCCACACGGCACAGGGGACAGGACCCUCCAGAACACAGUAAUCUCUGCCAUCCUGCCAAAAAAGUUGAGAACAUUUGUAGCACCUCCUCUUCUCAGAGGAUCCUGACAACCAGCAGUGCCCUCCUAGGUUUGGAAUUCAGCAGGGCUUCUGCCUCUAAAGCCAGCACAUGGAAACUGGGCUCACCUAGGGCCAUGAAAGUUGAUGAAGAGGAUGUAGAAGUUUUUGAUUCCUUUGAAGACCCCCGAGUUUUCCUACAGCUAAGACCAGAGUACGAGCUUCACAGCUAUAACAAAUCUGAGCCUUGUCAGCCCCUAUCUGUUUCAGAAGGUGAACUAAUUUUGCACAAAGUCACAGGUUAUCAAGAUAAUCUCCAGCCUAAAAUCAUUGUCGAUUAUUUCUGUAAGCUGAGUUCUAUGCCUGCAGAACAACAUCCUGUUUUGCGGUCUAGUGCCAAAUUUGCAUUACUCUGCCAGCUGAGUGUGAAAAACAUACAGCUCUUUGAUACCCUAGAUCUGAUCAAUAUUUUAAAAGCAUUUGUCAGUUUAGGAAUCCCUCACUCCCAUGCAAUGCUAGAUGUGUAUGAAACCAGAUUUUGCCAUAAAGUAUGGGAUAUGAGUCUGGAUCAACUACUCAUGGUUGCUGAUCUCUGGCGAUACUUGGGCCGCAGAGUACCUCGGUUUUUAAAAAUCUUUUUUAGUUACCUUAAUUUGCACUGGAACAACCUAUCCUUGUCUCAGCUGAUUCACUUGAUUUAUAUUAUAGGUGAAAGUCGUCAGGUACCCCAGGACCUAAUGCAAAAACUGGAAUCAUUGAUCCUCAAGUAUAUAGAUUUUAUCAAUAUAGAGGAGGCUGGUGCAAUCUGUUUGGGGUUCUUUAAAUCAAGUAGUGGUCUCUCAGAAUUUGUCAUGCGGAAAAUUGGAGACUUGGUGUGUGCUGAUAUGCAGAACCUGAGUAGUUAUGCCUUGGUAAACAUUCUUAAAAUGUUCCGUUUCACUCAUGUGGAUCAUGUAAAUUUCAUGAAGCAAUUUGGGCAGAUUGCUCCUCAACGAAUUCCUUCCCUGGGAGUUCAGGGUGUCAUGCACUUGACUCUUGCCUGCUCUGCCUUACGUUUCCUAGAUGAAGGGGUAAUGAAUGCUGUGGCUGCUUCUUUGCCUCCUAGAGUAUCAUACUGUCGAAGUAAAGAUGUUGCCAAGUUUCUGUGGUCAUUUGGAACUCUGAAUUAUAAGCCACCCAAUGCAGAAGAGUUUUAUUCUAGCUUGAUAAAUGAGAUUCACAGAAAGAUGCCUGAGUUCAACCAUUACCCAGAACACCUGCUCACUUGCCUGUUGGGCCUGGCAUUUUCUGAGUACUUUCCAAUUGAGCUCAUCAAUUUUGCUUUGAGUCCAGGGUUUGUCAGGUUAGCUCGGGAGAGAACUAAGUUUGAACUCACUAAGGAGCUGUAUACUCUUGAUGGUUCAGUUGGCAUUGAGUGUCCAGAUUACAGAGGCAACCGUCUUAGUUCUUACCUUCAGCAAGAGGGGUCAGAAAUACUGUGGAAUGCAGCUAGGAAGGAUAUGUGCUCAAAACCUGAAUUCCUAGAAGCUCUCUUUUUACUUGAGACCAUGUUGGGUGGGCCCCAGUACAUUAAGCACCAUAUGAUUUUGCCCCAUACCCGAUCUUCUGACUUAGAGGUCCAGCUUGAUGUUAAUAUGAAGCCAUUGCCAUUUAACAGAGAAGCCAUACCCUCUGAAGAUUUACUAGCCAAAUUAAGGCUCAAGCAUGUGGGAAUCAGUCUUACAGAUGAUUUGAUGCACCAGCUACUUAAGGGGAAAUCAGGAGGGCAUCUCCAGGGGAAAACUGAGUCAGAGACUGGGCAACAGCCCAUGGAAUUAGAGAAGAAGGCAGCCAUGCCCUCUGAGGCCUCUCUUUACAAUGUGGCAGACAGAUUGGGGGCUAUGGAGAUGGCUGGCCAAUGCCCGCCAGCCUGUAUGCAGGCCCCACAAGUGAAGCUGGCUAUUCAGUUGACAAACAAGAACCAGUAUUGCUAUGGUUCUAGAGAUCUGCUUGGAUUGCACAAUAUGAAGAGGCGGCAGCUGAAUCGGCUUGGGUACCGUGUGGUAGAGUUAUCCCACUGGGAAUGGCUCCCACUACUGAAACGAACUCGCUUUGAAAAGCUGGCGUUCCUCCAUGAGAAAGUGUUCACCUCUGCUCUCUGAAGGACCUUUGGGCAUAUCUGCGUAUAAAUACUGUAGAUACACACUGUACUAGGUUUUGUGAAACAGUUAUAAAAGCCAGAAUGUAGGUUUGUAAUAAAAUUAUCUGUUGAGGAGA